AGAGAAAUGGCGCCACAAAAAGGUUAUUACUUUUUGUGUCGUUCUUCAUAUGUGUUACACCUAAUCGAUGUUUGCAGACUCUAACAAUUCUGGCUACGGUACCACGAAUUUCAGUUAUUAUCGUUAAAUCUGUUUUUAAUGUGUCACAUGAAUCCGGUCAUGUGAGUCAGUUAUUGUGCAAGUAGACUCGUGCAAGAGGACCUCGUUCGACCGAUCGAUGCGCGCUGUCGGUUGAGUCGGCAACGAAAUGUUUCACACCACUUUGUGCUCGGAAGGCUGUGCUGUGGCACAUCACGAUGUGAUCAUUGCGAUUCAAAGUCUUGCUCCGCGCAUAAACUCGUCGCAGAAUGCAACGAUAUUCAGUCCAACUCGAACCACCCGUGGUAAUAACAAAGAAGAUUUCAAGAAGCAGGUCGAAAUAUUAGUUUCCAGCGGCUGGAAGAAGAACAGGGACGUCCCAGAUGAUGGGAAAGAGUUGCAGUUGCCACUGCUUCACUUGGUGAGCAUGUUUGGAAAGUACGAGGCGGUUGAAUGGUUGUUAAACGAAGAAGACUUCGACGCAACGCUCAGAACCUCAACAACAAAUGAAACUGCGCUGCAUUUGGUUGCUCGUCAUCUUUUCAAGGCACUGUCGGCUCGUGAAUCAAGGCUGGAGAACAUGAGUGCCACUGCUAAAGCGGCCAAUUUUGAGAAAGUAGCUGUGCUACUUGUCAGGAAAGAGGUGAGCCUUUUCUGGGCAAAAGGUGGCUUGAAUAGGGAGACAGCUCUUCAUAUUCUUGCAAAUCAGCUGAUUAAAGCUACUUUCCUGGAUGUUGACUUAAAAGAAGAAGAUCGGGGCUUGGUAUUCUACUCAAAGAGUAUUACUGCCAUGUUUAAACUUCUACUUGCAGCAAAAGGCUUAACUACAAAGGAUAUUGUGAAAGCACUUGGCAUUAGAAAUGGUGAGGGCAGUAGCUCUUUACACAUAAUAGCCAGGGCAGGAAUACAUGGCUACAAACUGCUUAAAUACCUGGCAAAGUCUCUGGGGUCCACUGAUGUCAUGAAAGUCAUGGAUAGUAAACAUCUGACAGUGCUAGACAUUGUGAAUGAAUUUUAUCCUGGUCAUGAUAAGGAAUUGCAUGCUCUUUCCGAAGGGAAAAGAAACACUAUGGCCUUAGUUAGUACAACCCUAGCUGCAGAUGACAGAACACCUCCAGCAACUGCACCAAGGCAAAUUGUAUACAACAAAGAAGCAGUGGAGCUGGUUGAUUUCCUUCACACUCAUAGCAAAGAAGCUUUGAAGCUGUGCCAUGAACCAGUGCCAUUAAACUGUGACUCAGCACAACAGGACAAGCGAUGUGCAAUACAUACAAAAUACUUUCCAGGCACAUGUUCUCAAGAAUGCUUUGAUACAAUGGCAGCAGUUGCUACCAUUAUCAACACCCACACUCCUCUUUGUCCAGCAGAAUGCGAUCUUCAGCAUCACUUGCUUACAUGUGCUGUCUUCCACCCCUCGGUGGUAUUCCGCACAGUCCUCAAUGCCAGCAUUCCUCUGACAUUCAAGUUGUGUUUACAGUCUUGCUUUAAUGCAGGCUGGAAACAAGACAUGGAUGUUCCAGAUCCCCUAGAGAGUCUACGUCUUCCAUUACUUCACCUGAUUUGCAUGCGAGGAAACUUUUCAGCUGCAGAGAAACUUGCUCAAGAAAUGGAGCUUAGACCUGUAGUCUCUUCAGGGAGAAAUGAAACUCCUCUUCAUGUUGCUGCAAGGUAUUUCCCAAUAACUUAUCCUGACAAAAUUAUUGCAGAUGACACAUUCAAGUCAGUCAUGAACUUUCUUGUCAAGCAGGACAAAGGAAUCAUUUUCAAAGUCAAUGCUCAGAAUGAGUCAGUGCUUCAUGUUAUUUGCCAUAGCAUAAUUUCAGCUUUCAAAGUCCUCACAAGGCCAAGUGAAAAUUCUUACCACCCCAGCUUGCAGCUCAAACAAAAGAACUGCUACAUGAAAGGAUUUAAACUUGUUCUUGACAUGCUCUUAGAUCUUCAGUCAGAGGACAAGGUUUGUAAAGGACUAAUUUGCAAAUUACUGGCUGUUAGGAAUGAUGCCAAUAACACAUUCAUUGAUGUUCUUCGUAAAGGCUCAUCGAAUGAAAUUGUAGGCAGCCUUGUGUUGCAUGUGAAGGAGGAAUUCCCAUUUUGUUUUGCUGAUGGAAAUUUUGAUGUAGUCAUCACAGAAUGCCCAUUGUCAUGUCCAUGCAAUAGAAAAGCUGUCUUUACAAGGAACCUUGGCAGUCAAGUGAAGACUUCUCAGUUAGAAGGCGGAAAUUCAAGCACAGGUCAAGAACCAGUGUCGUCUUCACAAAUUCCAUCACCAAAUGUAGACCACAAGGCUACCAACCAGCCUCAGCCAGCUGCUUCAACCCAAACAGCACCAGCUACUAACAGUCAAUCUUGCCAUGUUAUUCAACCCCCUCGGGCCUCUGGUCAACCAGUGCAAGUUGGUCGCAUUCUGCCUGCGCAAGUUACUCGCAAUCAACCUGCACAAGUCACCUACAAUGAACCUGUUCAAUAUUCUCCCACCCAACCGCCCCAAAUGCAAGAUGUUCAAGCAGCUGCAUCAUCAAGAAAGCCCCAGGCACAGGUGCAAAGCAUGCAAGUGCUUAGACAAGCUACAGCAAGCAGUUCCUCGCAGCAGACUUUCCCUGUGGCAAAACCCACUCACCAUAUUCCUGUGGUCAUCAUAAAACAGGAACCAGGCAGUGAAGAACACAACGCUGAGUGUUGUUAUACCAGUAGUAGCCACUGUGGAGCUUACCCAUCAAGACAGAAUGCUGUAAUAAUUACAUCAGACACCCCUGAUGUUUCUACUGCAGUUCAGAAUCCUUUAACAGCACAGACAGCCCAAGGUGGGGCUCAGCAAGGAAACCCACCUUUGUGUUGUUCUUCACCUCUGAAAUCAUCUCGGCAAAUAAACCAGGCAGUAACAAAUGGAACAGCAGCUCUUGAUUCUUCGUUAAAUGUCAGUACCCAAACAGCAGCUGUGCCACAUCGACGAGGACGCGGUCGACCUUACCAAGCUGUAGAAAGCAGUACAGGUACAGCUGUGAGUCAAACAGCAACAAAGACAUUGCCACAGUCUGAACAGCAGAAGAUUACCUUAAAAGUUAAAGACAAAAUUGUAGCAGAAUCACUGGAUAGUUUAUCUGACACAGACUACAAGUUAGAUUUAUUUCACACACCAUUUUGUGAUGAAAAUUGCUGUAUUUCCCAUCACCACCUCAUCUUGACAUUGUUGAGCACAUCAAAUAGAAUGUGCGCCAAUAGACGACCAGACAGUUUUUUGGCACUUUUGGAAAAUACUAAAGUCAACUUCCUCAAAUGUGUGAAGAAGAAUCUCACACAGGGUCUUUGCAAGGAUGAUGAUCUCCAUGAUGAUUUGGAUAUUUUCCAGUACCCACUGAUUCAUGUAGCAGCACUGCUAUUAAAGUACACUCCUGUAGACAUGCUGAAUUUUCUUGGAUUUAAACUGAACUCCUGUUCCCAGAAAACUGGCGAGUUUCCUCUGCAUGCAACUCUUCGUUACUGCUAUGAAGCUGGUAUGAAAGUUUACAGGUCACCUGGGUACUUUGAGAGGCUCUUUCCUAAAGUGUUUGAAAGUCUUUCAAAGGAUAUCAGUUUGUUUAAGCUACUGUCACAGCAAGAUACGUAUGGAGAUACACCUCUACAUGUUGCAGCCAAGAAGAUUAUUGAAAGACCAGGUCCCACCACAACAUCAACACAUGUAAUAGUGUCACCAACUCCUGAUUCAACUCAAGAAUGUCACUCUUGCAGUUCCCAAACUCAACCAGCUACUCGGGUGUCUUUAGGCUGCAAUCCACAAGCACGGAUUACAACACUCCAUCAACAUAGAGCUAAUUUUUACACAAGUUGUUUGGUUUAUAUUUUCUCAAAGCUCCGUGAAGUGGCCACAAAGAGUGAUGAAGUCAUCCUCAGUGUAGUGAAACCUGUACUCACAGUUAGAAACAAGGAAGGAGAAACAUUUUUGCAAAUCAUGUGCAAAGAGCAUCACAUUGCUGUUAAUGGUAUAAUUUCAUUACUUGCCAAUUUUCCCCUUCCUAUGUUUUAUAACUGCAUUAAACAGUGUGUUCCAAGAGACUGUUGGCCUGACAUUGUUAAGAACCAGCACCUCUAUGAAGAGCAAGAGAUCGACAGUGGGCACAAUCAGAAUGAACCCGUGUCCUCUCCCCUGGAAGUGUCCAUGCCACCAGAGAAAGAAAGAGGUGCACAACCUUCAAAACCAGAGUCACCAAAGCCAUCUUCAGAUGUUAGUUUGUCAGAAACAACUGUUACUGUCUCCCCUACAGCAGAGGUGACCAUAGCUGAAGAGUCCAUAUCUGUUCCCUCUCCAGCCACACCCCAGCACAGCAGUGCGAGUGCAAUAUCACCAACUUUGGUUUCUUGUAUUGGCAACUUUGACUCAGUUCUUACACCACUGGUGGCAAACCCUGUACACACCACACUGAGACCAACAACCAAACGGAAGAUCAUUGAAGUAUUAAAGGAAGAGUACACGGAGAGAUUAGCAUUGGCUGUGAAGGGGAGGUGUGAAGUCGAGGAGGACAUCUCUAAGCACAAGUCAAAGACAAAGGAACUCACAGAGUCUAUUGCCAAGAAAAAGGCUGAAUUGGAAAAGUUGGAAAAAGAAGUACAGGAGAUGCAAAAAGAAAUGUGGCACAAGAAUCAAGCCAUUCAAGCUCUGGAGAACAGCCUUGAGCAGUUUUCAAAAGAAGAGGCUGAACUAGAAAAGAAUCUCCAUGUCCUUCAAGAGGCAGAUCUUGAGCCACCAGCCAAGAUGAGAAGAAUUGAGGAAAGUAGCUGUUCUGAAUAGAAGAAUGAAUGGAAAAGAAAAUGGAAAAACUUUAAAUAAAGAUAGUCUUACAGUUAUUCUUAUGUCAAAUAACUUCACAUCAGUAGGCCUUGUGCCUCACAGUCAAUUUUCUCAAAAAGAAAGCAUCAAUUCUGCUGCAAUUUAUGCUUGGUUUGGAAUUAAAAGAUCUUGAUCUCCAUGUUUCUGUUAAAAGUACAACUCUUACAAGAUCUCUUCACCAGCCGGAUGCUCCCCAAUAUAUUGAUAGGAUUAUUUUUAAAAGCUUGUGGAGGGAUAAGAUAUUGUGUAUGUGUUUCACAUGCCCCCUUGAUUUCAUGCUUGGCAAAUCAGUGGUGAGGUUAGAUUUGAAAUAAAAUGGGUUAUGACACCGGCCAUAGGACCUUGACAGUUAUAUUCUAUGGGAUACUGAGCAAACUAAUUUAAAAUUUAAUUCUGUGACAUGCAAACCAGCUGUUAGUCUAGGUCAGAUAUUACAUUAUUGUUGGUAAUAUGAGAUUUUUCAUAUUUUAAAAAAUCCAGAAAGCUUAUUUAGGAUUUAGUCUGGAUGAUGAUAGUAGUAAUUUUUAAUCCAAUUGAUGACUUUAUUUUUAGUGUUGUUUUGAGCCUUGCCCUUUAAAGACCCUGAUGGAAUUUUGACAUGUUCUACAUUUUAUGGAUAAAUUCCUCUUUGUAUAGCUUUAAACAAAAGAUUCUGUGAAAAUGCCUAAGCAUUGACAAAAGUUAGGACUUCACACAUUUCUUCAUCUGGUGGGUGAUACUUUGACAUAUGGAAUAGUAAGGUGUGAAGAACCAGUUUCUAGUUUGGCUGGAAUCCUAAGGUGUCAAGAAACAAUUGUUAUGCUGGUAAACUGUUUCUCAGUUAACUGCUAACAUUUGGUUCAAGUAUUAGUCAACAUUCAUGCUAUGUGUUUUUCAGUGUAUGUUCCCAGAGGUUUGAAAAUGGAAAAGUAAAUUGUUAUCUAGGAGGAUUGUAAAAUACAUUUUAGAUGAUGACAA